AAAUAAAGUUAGUGUUCAUUGUAAUAAAAAGUUUUUUAAAAAGUCAGUGAAGGUAUCCCCUGCCCUAAGUGGUGUCAGAAGUGGGAUAGUUAGUGAGGUGUUUAAAUAGUGGAAAAUCCCGCCGCACAGCAACGAGCAGCAGAGAACCCGUGGAUGCAGCCUUCGCUACUGUAAGUAAAACAUUUUUUCAUUUACACUUAUACUUGAUAUAUUAUUUAUAUUGCAAAAAUGCCCGAAACUAGAGCCUCCGAAAUCGAAGCACUUAAAGCUGAAUUAGAACAGCUAAGAAUUUUAUUAACGGUUGGGAGCAGCAGCAAAUUCUCUAUUCCCGACCCAAUAAAAAACUUAUCGGAAUUCACCGGUAAUAAGAAGGAACUCUCCAGCUGGCUACGUGAAGUAGACGAGCUGUACGAGAUGUUCAAAAUCAAAGGGGCUAACGGCCAGCCCGACUCAAUUAGCUCUAUGUACCUUAGAGCAAUAAAAAAUAAAAUUAAAGGGGAUGCCCGCGCGGUAGUAUGCGCAAACGGCGAUCCCGAUACCAUCAGCGGUAUCAAACAGGUGCUCCUCGAGCAAUAUGGGGACCACCGAGACUUUGCUACUAAUGUGUCAGCAUUAUUUAAUAUCAACCGUAAAGACAAAACACACCUUAAAUUUUACAAUGAAUGUAAAGAGAUAAAUACACGAUUGAAGGCGAAUCUGUCAUCCAAUCCAAUUUCGGAAAAACAAAUAAUAGACAUAUUAAGCGUUGCAAAAUACCUCGAUAACAUAGGUGAACCCCUGGCCUCCAUCAUAAGGCAAUCCAAACCGCAAUCGUUAGAAGAAGCAUACGAAGCCGUAUGCAUCAACCAAAAUGCUGAAAUCCGAUCUAAGCCGUUCAAAUUUCAUUCACAAUCUAAACCCCAGAGUCAGCCCGGUAGCAGUGGUUCUAACAACAACAACAAUUAUUAUGGCAAAACUAAUGCGAACGGUAAUAAAUUUGCGUAUAGAAAAGUGCAUCAUUCUAAGCCCCGCGCAGAACACAACAACAACGAAGUCGACGUAGAUAUCAGUGACGAUGAAGAAAAUGAUGAAAACGUGAAUGCAGUGCAGAGUGAUGAUUCAAAUUUUUACGACGACAGGGAACAGGAAACUACAACGUAAACAAUUUUAUUCCAUACAUUCGUUGCCGGUCUAAAAAAGGUGUACUUAAAUUUUUAGUUGAUACGGGCGCGAAUAAAUCGUAUAUAAAUCCGGAAAUUGUGCGUAACUCUAAAAUAACAGACAAACCCGCGAUUAUAACAAAUAAGAAUGGCAAGUUUAUAAUUGAUAGAAUGAUCCAUAUGAAUAUUUUUCCCAGUGUAUUGAAUAAGAAAUUACCCUUCCACGUUUUCAAAUUUCAUGAGUUUUCGAUGGCCUCAUUGGCUAUGAAAAUUUGGCAGAAAUGAAAGCAAAAAUAGAUUCAGGCAAUCAUCAGCUGAUGAUUGGAAAGCAUAACUUUGAACUUUCAAAAUACUACCCGAGUUCAUGGAACUUUCACGAACAAACGGAAAAUGUAGUAGAAAUAAAUACCACGUCAAAUGGGACAUUUCUCAUUGAAGACGAAAUUAAUUUAACAACCGGCGUCACAUUACAACCUGGUUUGUAUGCCGCCAAAAACAACCGUGCCACCGUGCAUGUAUUCAGCACCACACAUGCUAAACUGAACGAAGCUAAACCGCUCGAGAACGAACAUUUUUUCUUAAAUCAAAAUGAAACUCGCUCGAAACUCAAU